CUCAGCUGCCCGCAGACAUUUUCUCUGAAUCCUCCUGGCCCUUGGCUGCGGGGUCGUGAGCAGCUACCAUGACGUUCAGCAACUCCAGCUCGCUGACAGCCAACCUCAGUGGGGCUCUGGAUGGCUACGACUCCGGGGGAAACCUUUACCUGCCAUUUUCCGUUUUCAGCGUGCUCACUCUCACUUUGCUGGUAAUGCUGGUGGUGGCCACCUUCCUGUGGAACCUGCUGGUGCUGGUGACCAUCCUGAGGGUGAGGACAUUCCACCGGGUGCCCCACAACCUGGUGGCCUCCAUGGCCAUCUCGGAUGUGAUGGUGGCCGCGCUGGUUAUGCCGCUUAGCCUGGUCCACGAGCUGAACGGCAGGCUGUGGAAACUCGGACGCGUGCUCUGUCAGGUGUGGAUCUCGUUCGACGUGCUCUGCUGCACGGCCAGCAUCUGGAACGUGACAGCCAUAGCGCUGGACCGCUACUGGUCCAUCACCAGGCACCUGGAGUACACGCUCAAGACUCGAAAAAAGAUCUCCAACGUGAUGAUUGCGCUCACGUGGCUGCUGUCGUCCAUAAUCUCCCUCUCGCCACUCUUUGGCUGGGGGGAGACGUACUCAGAAGGGAUGAAGUGUCAAGUGAGCCAGGAGCCAUCCUACACCAUCUUCUCCACCUUUGGGGCAUUUUAUCUGCCACUUUGUGUGGUUCUGUUUGUCUACUGGAAGAUCUACAAAGCUGCCAAGUUUCGCAUUGGCUCUCGCAAGACGAACACAAUCACACCCAUGGCUGAGGUAAAGGAGGAAGCCCAACAGCCACAGAUGGUGUUCACCGUUCGCCACGCAACCGUGACCUUCCAGACAGAUGGGGACACAUGGCGGGAGCAGAAGGAGAAAAAGGCAGCCCUUAUGGUCGGCAUUUUGAUCGGCGUGUUUGUGCUUUGCUGGAUCCCUUUCUUUAUCACCGAGCUCAUUGUGCCACUCUGCUCCUGUGACAUCCCACCAAUUUGGAAAAGCGUUUUUCUUUGGCUGGGCUACUCAAAUUCCUUUUUUAACCCGCUCAUAUACACUGCCUUCAACAAGAACUACAACAACGCCCUAAGGAACCUCUUCUCCCGACAGCGCUGAGCCGAUCUGUGCACUUGGCCGUUGUGCUACACCGGUUCACACAGUGUUACCAGCCUCCCCCCAACCAGACUGGAGCGUCUAUCACUUUAUCAUCUCAUUAAUUGGUUGAUAACCAGAGACUGUGUCUGGACAAACUUUGCUUUGCAUCAGUUUUGUCGGUGUCAAUGAGUUUUGUACAUUAAGACUGAGACCAAACAUCUUUUUGCGUUUUUGAAUUUCUGUUUUUGCUUUUUUUUGUCUUACAUAUAUGUUUUAGAACAUCAAACAUGGGUAAAUGCUAAAAUAGAGUACAUAAAGUACUGACUCUAUAGAAAAAAAAAAGUAACCACCCACCUUGUUAACUCAUUAACUCUGAUCAACCACAGUUCAAUUCCACUAGCCACGGUCGGGUCUAAUUUAUGCCAGAACGGUAGAGUCGAUGAAUCACAACAAUAGAACCUGUCUGACAACAUGAAGUAGGCUGAAAGAUCUCAAAAGCAACACAUCACUGCAAAUACAUUUUAGAACAGAUGAAGAAAAAGCCCGUAUUAACGUCUGUUCUUCUAGAAAGUGUUUCAAAUCCAUUUCUAAAACUUUGUGACUCCAGGCAAGCGCAGAGAGAGCCAUAGUCCACAGCUGGACAAACAGUGGUGAGGCUUUCUAGGAAUGGGUGGUGUAGCAUAGAGGGACCCCUCAGAGGUGGUGAUGUUCCAGGUUCAGGCCAUACACAGCGUCAAUGUAGCUAGAUAAUCAGUAAGCCAGGAUGCUCUUGCAAAGCACUUUGUGACACCUAUCUGUGAAAAGGGCUACAUAAAUAAACUUUUACCAACUCACUUAUUUUUCCAAUAAGGGUUGAAAGUCCAAAAGGUUUUUGAGGUCUUAGAGUUUGAAUUGGUUGACUGAAAAGUUGCCUAAGGUACAUUUGUUACUCUAGUCAAAUACCUUUUUUCUGAUCAUUAGAAGUCGACUUUUUUGUGGUUUGUCUUUGUGUGAGUUCAGUGUAUUGUUUAUGUUGUCAGAAAAUACCUGUAAAUAUAGACUGUUUUCUUUUUUUCACGUACGAGCUGGUAGCCAUUCCUCCAUUUGAGAUAGAAACAAUGUACAGUUCUAAAAAUACUCGAAUUUCUGAUCUUUUGUAAAACAAAUGUUAAUGUAUGGCAGUUAGUUGUUCGAUGGGAAAAGAAAAUAAUGCACAUCAGAUUGAUAAUUAGAUUGUUUAAUUAAUUAGUAGUGGAAUGUGAGACUGAUUUAUCCAAUAAAUUGUAUAGUAGUGAUCAAAAAUAGCAUCGAGCAUCACUAUACUGGCCAAUUAAAAUCCAUACCGCAAAAGUGCAUCAACAGACCCCAAAACAACCCAAAAUGAUGUCUAAUUCCAUGUUCAUGGUUCAACAAGAGGAAAGAAGCUGGUCAAAAUGGAAGCUAUGGGAAAGCUGUGGCAAAAAUGACUGCUGACCAAAAGGAACACAAAAGCCCAUCUUACAUUUGUUAAAAUAAUCUUGAGGAUAUUUUGGAAACAAUAAUCUUCGGCCUAAUGGGACAAAAGCGGAACAUUUUGAAAAGACUGUGCUCCAUUACAUCUGAUACAAAACAAACAAAAUUUCAGCAAAAGAAAAUUAUACCAACAGUUUAACAUACUGAUGCUGCAGUGGUCAACGUUUGCUUUGACUAUUGAUUAUGUGGAUUAUGCUCUCUAGAAAAUCUAGAGAAUUUCUAGUCAUCAGUUUGGGUCCUUAUGCUGUUACAUUUGUCCUCAGAAGUCAGAAUUUCCGACCUCCGAGUUGGAAAGUUUAACUGGAACGGCCCCUAAGAUCAGAAAUCGGAGUCGGAAAGUCUGUGCAGGAAGACCAUACUGGACUUCCUCAUUCAAGAUGGCUGCUACUUACGGCAACAUUCAGUAAAACAUCAUAAUAUGAUUGUUUUAAGCAGUUCUUUAUUUUUAUGUAACAUUUAGUCAGCCAUACAUGUACCACUUUUCAGUUGUCAUAAGACAGGAUGUUACGAGGGGAAAAAAACACGUAAAAAAGUGUUAUUGUCAUCAUCAUUUUAACGACAGUGGCCACAGUAAGUGGUCUGUACUUGUAUAGUACAGCGUUAUAAAGUCCAGAGGAUCCCAAAGCACACUACAUUCACAAACAUUCAAACGCUGACAGUGGUGAGCUACAUUGUAGCCACAGCUGACCUAGGGCAGACUGACAGAAGCAAGGCUGCCAUACUGGGCCCUCUGACCAUUGCCAGCAGGCAAAGCAUGGUAAGUGUCUUGCUCAGGGACACAAUGACUAAAACGGUCAUGGGAUGGGGUUGAACCGGCCACCCGCCGGUUACACGAUGAACUCCCUAGCUCCUGCAUCGCUGUCUCCCCAUAGAGGCCAAAUGAACAAUUAAGAUUUGACGGCUAUUUUUUGUUUAGUGUUUCUUGUUCAGUUGAGCUGUUCUGCAAAAACAGAAACAUUUUUGCAAUAAAUAUGUGACUUUAAAAGAAACAUUCUGAGUCUUA